GAAAACCAGUUCCGUGUACCCCUUGGAGGACCGCAGCCCAGUGUGGGAGUCGCAGACGAGACCUGGCUUCUCGCUUCUGUGCCAGCCGGCUGUACAGUACGCAGGCUGCCGAAGACAAGGAGGAGCCCCUGCACUCCAUCAUCAGCAGCACCGAGAUCGUGCAGGGUUCCGUUUCCAAGCACGAGUUCCAGGCUGAGACGAAGAAGCUUUUGGACAUCGUCGCCCGGUCCUUGUACUCAGAAAAAGAGGUGUUCAUUCGGGAGCUGAUCUCCAACGCCAGCGAUGCCUUGGAGAAGCUGCGUCACACACUGGCGGUUGCUGGCCAAGCGCUGCCCGAAAUGGAGAUCCACUUGCAGACCGAUGCGGAGAAAGGCACCCUCACGAUCCAGGACACUGGCAUCGGGAUGACACAGGAAGAGCUGGUGUCCAACCUGGGGACAAUUGCCAGGUCAGGGUCAAAGGCCUUCCUGGAAGCUCUGCAGAACCAGGCCGAGGCCAGCAGCAAGAUCAUCGGCCAGUUUGGAGUGGGGUUCUACUCGGCCUUCAUGGUGGCUGACAGAGUUGAGGUCUAUUCCCGUGCAGCAGCCCCGGGGAGCCCGGGCUACCAGUGGCUUUCAGACGGCUCUGGAGUGUUCGAGAUCGCUGAAGCUUCAGGAGUUAGAGCCGGGACUAAAAUAGUCAUCCAUCUCAAGCCAGACUGCAGGGAAUUUGCCAGUGAGGCCCGGGUUCGAGACGUGGUAACGAAGUACAGCAACUUUGUCAGCUUCCCCCUGUACCUCAACGGAAGGCGCAUCAACACCCUGCAGGCCAUCUGGAUGAUGGACCCCAAGGAUGUCAGCGACUGGCAGCACGAGGAAUUCUACCGCUACGUGGCUCAGGCCUACGACAAGCCCCGCUACACCUUACACUACAGGACAGAUGCCCCGCUUGGCAUCCGGAGCAUCUUCUAUGUGCCUGAGGCGAAACCAUCCAUGCUCGAUGUGAGCCGGGAGCUGGGCUCCAGCAUCGCUCUGUACAGCCGCAAGGUCCUCAUCCAGACCAAGGCCACGGACAUCCUGCCCAAGUGGCUGCGCUUCGUCCGAGGUGUGGUGGACAGCGAGGACAUCCCCCUGAACCUCAGCCGGGAGCUCCUGCAGGAAAGCGCCCUCAUCAGGAAACUCCGGGACGUUUUACAGCAGAGGCUAAUAAAGUUCUUCAUUGACCAGAGUAAAAGAGACGCUGAGAAAUACGCCAAGUUCUUUGACGAUUACGGCAUGUUCAUGAGGGAGGGCAUCGUGACCACCGCCGAGCAGGAGGUCAAGGAAGACAUAGCCAGGCUGCUGCGCUACGAGUCCUCAGCACUGCCCGCUGGGCAGCUGACCAGUCUCGCAGACUACGCCGCCCGCAUGCAGGCUGGCAGCCGCAGCAUCUACUACCUGUGCGCCCCCAGCAGGCACCUGGCCGAGCACUCGCCCUACUACGAGGCCAUGAAGCAGAAGGAUACGGAGGUCCUCUUCUGCUACGAGCAGUUUGACGAGCUGACCCUGCUGCACCUCCGCGAGUUUGACAGGAAGAAGCUGAUCUCCGUGGAGACAGACAUUGUUGUCGACCACUACAAGGAGGAGAAGUUCGAGGACAGGUCCCCCGCCGGGGAGCGCCUGUCAGAGGAGGAGACCGAGGAGCUAAUGGCCUGGAUGAGAAAUGCCCUGGGGUCGCGUGUCACCAACGUGAAGGUGACGCUGCGCCUGGACACCCACCCAGCCAUGGUCACCGUGCUGGAGAUGGGCGCUGCGCGGCACUUCCUGCGGAUGCAGCAGCUGGCCAGGACGCAGGAGGAGCGCGCGCAGUUCCUGCAGCCCACGCUGGAGAUCAAUCCCAGGCACAUGCUGAUCAAGAAGCUCAGCCAGCUGAGAGCAAGCGAGCCCGACCUCGCCCAGCUGCUGGUGGACCAGAUUUACGAGAACGCCAUGAUCGCGGCAGGGCUGGUGGAUGACCCCCGACCCAUGGUGGGCCGCCUGAACGACCUUCUUGUCAAGGCCCUAGAGAAACACUGAUGGCCCGUGGGCCUGGGCCCGGGGCUGGUGUGGAGCCCCAGACCAGGAGGAAGGACUCGACGCCACCACAUGGCCACCUUCUUGGACUUUAUUUGCUACAUUAAAAGGUGUUUCUUAA